AUGGCGGAGGGCGAGGCUCAAGAGGGAAGUAUUGAAGCCGUGGAAGCAAGACAAAAUUCUCAUGAGCCAGUGUCUACUUCGUCUAUCAGCGAAUCGCCCCCCAGCGGCCAACCGCCUAGCCUAGAAACUUAUCAAGUUCAUGUCAAAGUGCGAAGUCUCUCCAUCAAGGUCGACCCAGCAGCUUUGUCGCCAUUCUCGUCCCUGAGCGCAUUACAAGCCAAGCUGUUCAACCAGAGUGCCAAAUUUCCCCCUAAGCACAUCCUACGAGAUGUCUCGGCAGAUUUACAGGGCGGCAGUCUUACCGCGAUCAUCGGGGCAAGUGGUAGUGGAAAGACAUCUCUCCUCAAUGCCAUCUCUCACCGAGUCAAGGAUAAAGCAUUUCAGAAAUCGGGAAGCAUUUACUAUGAACCAGUGGAGCCAUCAUCGAACAAUCAACUGUCCAAUUCCCGCACCGGAACAGCAUACGUGAUGCAGCAAGACGUACUUCUUCCCAGCCUGACCGUUCGGGAGACAUUGCAAUUUGCCGCUGACCUACGCCUGUCCACGACCAGAUCGAAAAGCGAAAGACGAUUGAUGGUCGAAGAUGUGAUCCAAGAGCUUGGUUUGAGUGCAUGUGCUGCCACCAGGAUAGGUGAUGAUGCUCACAAAGGCUGCAGUGGUGGUGAAAAGAGGCGCACCAGUAUUGGAAUCCAGCUGCUGGCGGACCAGCCUGUCCUCAUUCUUGAUGAACCGACAACUGGUCUGGAUGCUGCUUCUGCACUGCAAGUGGUUGAGACGCUGAAGGGUCUUGCCCAGAAAGGGAAGACUGUCAUCAUGACCAUUCAUCAGCCAAGAUCAGAAAUCUGGACGCUCGUUGACCACCUUAUCCUCCUCUCUCGAGGUGAGGCUGUUUAUUCUGGAUCUGUAGCAGGUUGUCUACCGUAUUUCGAAUCCCUCAAUUAUAGGAUGCCCGCCUUCCAUAACCCAUUUGAUUUCGUCAUUGAUCUUGCUGCGGUAGACCUUCGAUCACAGGACUUGGAAAAGACAUCACUCGAACGGGUGCAUCGCCUUCAAGAAGCCUGGAGAACAGCUCCAUCCCAUGCCUUGGAGCAGGUAUCUACUGAUUACACUGUUUCCGAUGUCAGGAAGAGCACGAGCUCGGGCAACAAACUCAGCGGACUUUGGCACGAGACAAUCACGCACACGCGUAGGACAUUUAUCGUCACAUGUCGAGAUCGUCUUGGUCUCCUCGCCAGCAUGAUCGAGUCCCUGAGCAUGGGAAUCAUGAGCGGUUGGAUCUUCUACCAGCUUGACACCGACCUGGCGGGCAUCAGAUCCAGGCAAGGAGCGAUGUAUUCAGCCUGUGCGCUGCAAGGCUAUCUGAUUUUGCUCUUCGAGACCUAUCGCUUGACGAUCGAUAUCACGACCUACGAUCGCGAGCGGAUCGAGGGUGUUGUGAAACCCAUCAGCUUUAUCGUCAGCAGGCGUGCAUCUCGCUUUAUCCUGGAAGAUUUGCCCGUCCCGUUGUUCUACUCGAUUUUGUUCUACUUUAUGGCGGGGUUCCGAUCUGAAGCCAGCCAAUUCUUCACUUUUUUCGCCAUUCAGCUCCUGCUUCAUCUAAUUGCUGUCAACUUGGCCACCGUCUGCGUUGCCUUGAGCCGGCAAUUCAUGGUUGCGUCACUCUACGCAAAUUUAUCCUUCACACUUCAGAGCACGGCCUGUGGCUUCUUCGCCAACACCCAUUCGAUCGCAAUUUGGCUGCGCUGGAUCAAAUGGACGGCUUACACCUUCUAUGCAUUUGGUGCCCUUUGCACAAACGAAUUUUACAACAGAGUCUACGAUUGCCCCAGUCCUGAUGGACUUCUCGACCCAGUCUGCAAGGAGUAUACCGGAGCGUAUAUCCUGGCCUCACUAAAUCUACCCUCAAACUGGCUAUGGCGACCGAUUGUCGUGCUGUUUGGCUUCGUCAUCUUCUUCUUCGUCUUGUCGGGAGUCAUACUGCACAUCCAAAAGACCGAGGUGGAGAUGGCGAAAAUCCACAGCAGUGAAGCUCCAGAGUCGUCCGAGGGUGUGCAGCUUGGACGAGCGCUCGGUGCGGAACACGGGAUCAGGGUGAGUCUCGAACACUUUGGGCUGGAGGUGGAUGGUCUACGGCUGUUCAAUCCCAAAGUCACGAAAUGUAUCUUCGAGGACAUCAACACGACGUUCGAACCUGGAGUAUUGAACGUCAUCAUGGGUCCUUCAGGGUCAGGCAAAUCUUCCUGCUUGAAUGCGAUGGCGAGACGCUUGUACGAUUCCUCACUUGUCAGAUAUUCGAUUUCGGGCAGGAUGCUUCUGAAUGGUUCUACAGCCACAAAUGAGGUCGUCACUUCUAUCUGCUCCUAUGUCCCACAGGACGAUGGCGGCCUGCUGUCGUCGCUGACGGUCCGGGAGACGCUACACUUUGCCGCAGGUCUUCGCCUCCCGCCAUUCUUGAGCCACAAACAGAAAAUCGAACGCGCUGAGUCGGUGCUGCUCAAGCUUGGCCUGAAAGACUGCGCAGACACUCUCAUCGGAAGUGACCUGGUUAAAGGUAUUAGUGGUGGUGAGAAGCGACGUGUCUCGAUUGCGGUCCAGAUCCUGACUGACCCGCGUGUUCUCCUGCUGGAUGAACCGACCUCUGGUCUAGACGCGUUCACCGCCUUCUCCAUCAUCGAAGUCCUGAAGGGUUUAGCGAACGAGGGUAGGACAAUCAUUUUCUCCAUACAUCAACCACGCUCGGACAUGUUUAGCCAGUUUGGUGGAGUGCUCCUCCUCGCCAAAGGGGGAGAUGUCAUGUACAACGGACAAGCAUCGGAUAUGCUCUCAACCUUUGCCAACCAAGGCCACAUGUGUCCAGAGUCGGCCAACCCGGCUGAUUUUGCGCUUGACCUUGUCUCACGCCGCAGUUCGGGGUCUUUACACGUUCAAGAAAAGGCAGUAGCCCCGAACCAUGAGGCCUCUGACAUCGUAUUGGCACCCCCUCGGUCAAUGACUUCACCGGCCCCAUCCAAAGAAGCCCAUUUGACUCUGACCGCCGGCCUGGGACUCUACAUGCGAACGCAGAUCCCAUUCAGCCAUGCGUUCCCCAUUCUCUUGCAAAGAGGGAUGAAGAACCUGAUCCGGCAGCCAAACCUCCUCCUCGGGCGAAUCAGCCAACUGGUCGGACUAGGGAUCGUGCUGACGGCCUUCUUCGCACCGCUCAAAACAGACUACUACUCCGUGCAGACGCGAGUCGGCUUCGUGCAAUCCAUGUCGAGCAUGUUCUUCAUCGGCAUGCUGAACAGCAUCGCGCUCUACCCGGCCGAGCGCGACAUCUACUACCACGAAGACCGCGACGGCACGUACCCCCUCGAAGCGUUUUUCCUGUACUACUCGGCGAUCGAGAUCCCGAUGGAGCUGAUCGCGUCGUGCAUCUUCAGCCUGUUGACCGUGUUCGCGGUGGGGUUGAACCGGACGGCGAGCCUGUACUUCCUGAUGGCGUACACGUCCUUCUGCGUGGUGUCGUGCGGCGAGAGCUUCGGCAUCAUCUUCUUCACCAUGUUCUCGCACACGGGGCUGGCCGUCAGCGUCAUGACGGUCGUGCUCUCCAUCUCGGUGCACCUCGGCGGCGUGCUGAGCAUCGGCAUCGACCGGUUCCUCUCCGCCAUCAACCACAUCAGCCCCAUCAAGUGGCAGGUCGGCGCCCUCUCGAGCUACAGUCUGCGCGGCAUCCACUUCUCCUGCACUCCGGCGCAGGAGCUCGGCGACGGCCGCUGUCCCAUCGAGACCGGUGAGCAGGUGCUGGAUCUCUAUCAGUUGGACGUCGAUACGACCACGUUUGCACUGGCGCUGUUGGGCGUCACGAUCGGGUAUCGCUUGCUGGCUUACGCUGGGUUGAAGGUCAGGAAGGUGCACUGGAGGUCGCUUGGCUCGAAGUUGGCGACGACGGGCAAGUCGGCUACAAGUGAAUGA